AUGAAAUAAAAAAAACCAUAAGAUUGGGAUUGGAAUAAGAAGGGCUCUCUUAUUUAUGGGACAAUAGUAAAUGAUCUAUUUUAUAUUAGGAUUUUUAACCAUAGCCAUUAGUUUUAGGUUUUGAUAUGGAUGAGACCUUGAUAAAAACUAAAAGUGGAAAGAAAUUUGCAAAGGAUGCAAAUGAUUGGCAAUGGUGGGAUCCAAAAGUUAUUCCAACAAUUUAAGACUAUUCUAAACAAGGAUACUCCAUUGUUAUAUUUACAAAUCAAAAUGGUAUAGAAAAAGGACACACUAAAGAAUCUGAUAUAAAAACAAAAAUAGAAUCUUUAUAAAAAGAUCUCAAACUUCCUUUANUAUUUAAAAAGAUAAACCUAGGAGUUUCUAAAUAUUUUAGAUAAAUGCUUAAUAAAUUAAGAGCCAUUUAUUAAGAACAUAUAAUUAUCUAUAUUCUUAAAAACCAAUAGUUGAUUUUAUUAUUAAUAUUUAGCUCAUAAAUUGAGUUUAUCUAAUGA